AUGGCAUCACCCAUGAGGAGCUUACUCGUCGACCCUGCCAGAUACGUCCAGGCAUUUCGCCUCUUCCUCGAGAGGUCGACUGAGCACCAGUGCAUGAAGGAGUUCAUGGAUAAGCAGCUGCCAGAUGUGAUAGCAAGAAUUGGAAAUGGGAAGUCUACAAUCAAUGUUCUAAGCGUUGGUGGUGGAGCAGGUGAGAUGGACCUGCUGAUCCUUUCAAAAAUACAAGCCAGAUAUCCAGGGGUCACCAUCAACAAUGAAGUGGUAGAGCCAAGUGCUGACCAAAUCUCCAAGUACAAAGAGCAUGUGGCUAAGGCAUCAAACCUCGAGAACAUAAAGUUUACCUGGCACAAGGAGACAGCUUAUGAAUAUGAAAGUCGAAUGAAUGCAGAAAAGAAGUCUAAAAAAUGGGACUUCAUUCACAUGAUCCAGAUGCUGUAUUAUGUGAGAGAUAUCCCAGCAACUAUCCGGUAUUUCCACAGCCUUCUGGAAUCUCAGGCGAAGCUCCUUGUUAUCCUGGUGUCAGGUGAGAGCUGCUUCAUCAGUGCUGUUCAGUUGGGCAAGAGCCAUGGCUCUUCCUUCCCUUUAGAGGAUCUCUGCACUUACAUUUCCUCUGCCAGCUUUUCAAGGAUACUGGAUUCAGCCGGGCUGAAGUACCAGCUCUAUGAGCUCCCUUCCUAUAUGGACAUAACAAGCUGCUUUAUUGAAGGGAACAAGGAUGGGGAACUGUUGCUGGAUUUUCUGACUGAAACACUUGAGUUUUCUAAAACUGCUCCUCCUGAACUGAAGCGCCAGAUAAUAGAAGAGCUAAGAAAGCCUGGAUGCAGUGAAAACAGAGAUGGGAAGGUGCUUUUCCAUAACAACCUGAGUGUAAUAGUGAUUGAACCAUGA